AUGGUAAAAUUCAUGAUAUUUUUGGCUCUACCUGGCCAAGGCCAGAACGUAGUAUAUGAGGCUCAGCACAAGCCGCCUAUGUUCCGACCAUGUUCACGGUUAUUACACAACCUCACACGUGAGGACCAGUCCAAGCGUAAUGCGCGCAGGUUUAGUAGGUUUCCCAAGAAUCUUAUGUCAAGAGGAGCAGAAGAAGAGACAGUGGCAUGGAGAUACUUUUACAGAGAUGUUGUGCCAUUUGCUGCAAUGGUCACAAUUAAGUGUGUCAUGGUUGGCUCUAACACUCUCUUUAAAGCUGCGACUUUGAGAGGAUUGAGUUUCUAUGUCUCUGUCUUCUACACUUGCGCCGUUGCUACACUUACUCUUCUCCCACUUUCCCUCAUUUUCGGAAGGUCAAGAACGUUACCUUCAGCUAAUUCUCCUGUCUUCUUCAAGAUCGUCUUACUUGCGCUUAUCGGGUUCGUGUCGUUGAUUGCUGGCUGUAAACGAAUAGAAUAUAGUUCUCCUACGCUUGCCUCUGCUAUGAGCAAUACACCAGCUUUUACCUUCACGCUCGCCGUUAUCUUCAGAAUCAUGAAAAUCCUAACAAACCAUAAACAAGAGAAUAAUCUAAGCAAUUUCACAACUCAGCUUGGUCAUCAUCAUGUUGGAAGGUAA